AAACCGGAAGUAGCCCUGUGGCUCAAGUGGUACAGUGCUAGCCUUGAGCUGAAGAGCUUAGGGUUCAGCCAGGAACGGGAGUUCAAGCUCCAUGACAACCCCCCCCCCCCAAAAAAAAAAGCCUUCUUUCUAUUCACCUCUGAAGUUCCUUCUCCAUACCUAUUAUUAUUAGAAACAAAACCAUUUGCUUAUAAUCACCUACCAUGUGUCAGGUCCUGUUUGGUGAAUGUAAAGUAGGUGAGACAGAUGAGAUGGCUUCUGGGUCCUUGAAUCUUGGCUUUCUCUUUUCCAAGCAAUGAGGAUAUGAAGCACUUGUCACCAUACCUUUUUCUGUGUAGGGCCUUACUGGCCUCUUCUCUCUGCCCCCCUACCUCCUCCCUAUGUAGCCCUUGCUUCCAAGUCCCCACCUUUGCCCCUUCCCACUAGUGGGUGGCUGCAUCUUCUAAAGAAAUACUAGUCACCAAGUGGGCUGCUUAGAGCCCUUUUCUCUGAUUGGCCAUUGAAGCACCUGCUGUUGUUUUCCUUCACAACCUCCAGUGGCUCUGGCUCCUCUUUCCAUGGUCUUCAUCCUCCCAACACCUUUUCUUCUCAGUCACACGUGGACUGAGAAUUACCCUUGUACUCACAGAUUUGAAGUACCAGAGGAAGGGACUGUGCUCCUUACAUUUGAUGACAAGGCUGGGAAGAACCUAGGAAACGCCAAGCCGAGUAUCUGUCUCUGUCAGGGGGCAGCCAUUUCAUCCAGCUUGAUUCAGCUCCUAGGAUCUAUGUUCCUUUUCUUACCUGGCCAAGCCUGAGGUGUCUGUUUCCUCUAGGCUGGUCAGUGAAGUUGUGAAACCAGGCGCUUAAGCACCCAUUGUGGCCUGAAGAGGGGCAGCUCGCCUCUCUUCACUUCCUUUUUAUUAUUCACUAUGCAAGGCAUCCUGCGCCCAUUGGCUGGGCUGUGUCUGAAGCCCUUCCGUCCAGCGCCAGCACCCAGGUCCACGUGCGGCCGUGUGUGUGACACAGCCCUGACCUCAGUGGGGGCCUGUAGCCAAUCAGGCGCCGGGACGAGAUCCCCAGCCAAUUGGGGGCGGGGCCUGUGGCUCAGCGGGCAGGAGGCCAAUGAGGGGCAGUGCCUGGCAUUAUGCAACCCGCCUCCCCGCCUCACGGAGCUCCUACUCGGUUACGGGCUGGAACGGCAGCAGGCAGGCGGCUGGAGGCGCUCGAACAGCACCAGGUACUCGCUGUAAUCGCACUUUUCAACUUUCAGCGACAAAGCCUCCAUUUUACUCUCAACCAGGCCUCAAGGCCCCCUUGUGCAUCCGUGGUGGCCUCACCACCCUCCCUGUUCUCCUCGUGCCCUCCUCCCCAUGGCCCAGUUAUGAGUGGUCCCCUGGAAGGGGCUGAUGGGGGAGGAAACCCUAGGCCCGAAGAAUCUUUUUGUUCUGGAGGAGCCCCGUCCCCUGGACCCCCACAGCAUCGGCCUUGCCCGGGCCCCAGCCUGGCUGAUGAUACCGAUGCCAACAGCAAUGGCUCAAGCGGCAACGAGUCCAAUGGACAUGAGUCCAGGGGUGCAUCUCAAAGGAGCUCGCAUAGCUCCUCCUCUGGCAAUGGCAAGGACUCAGCCCUGUUGGAGACCACUGAGAGCAGCAAGAGCACAAACUCUCAGAGCCCAUCCCCACCCAGCAGUUCCAUUGCCUAUAGCCUGCUGAGUGCCAGCUCCGAGCAAGAUAACCCAUCUACCAGUGGCUGCAGCAGUGAACAGUCAGCCAGAGCAAGAACCCAGAAGGAACUCAUGACUGCCCUUCGGGAGCUCAAGCUUAGACUACCACCUGAGCGUCGGGGCAAGGGCCGCUCUGGGACUCUGGCCACUCUACAGUAUGCACUGGCCUGUGUCAAGCAAGUGCAGGCUAACCAGGAGUACUACCAGCAGUGGAGCCUGGAGGAAGGUGAGCCUUGUGCCAUGGACAUGUCUACCUACACGUUGGAGGAGCUGGAGCACAUCACAUCUGAAUACACGCUUCGCAACCAGGAUACCUUCUCUGUGGCUGUCUCCUUCCUGACUGGCCGAAUCGUCUACAUUUCAGAGCAGGCAGGUGUCCUGCUGCGUUGCAAGCGGGAUGUUUUCCGAGGUGCCCGCUUCUCAGAGCUCUUGGCUCCCCAGGAUGUGGGUGUCUUCUAUGGCUCCACUGCCCCAUCUCGUCUGCCCACCUGGGGUCCUGGGGCCUCUGCAGGUUCAGGUCUCAAGGACUUUACCCAGGAGAAGUCUGUCUUCUGCCGUAUCAGGGGUGGUCCUGAUCGGGAUCCAGGGCCUCGGUAUCAGCCAUUCCGCCUAACUCCAUAUGUGACCAAGAUUCGGGUCUCAGAUGGGGCCCCUGCGCAGCCAUGCUGCCUGCUCAUUGCAGAGCGUAUUCACUCGGGUUAUGAAGCUCCUCGGAUCCCGCCUGAUAAGAGGAUCUUCACUACCAGGCACACACCUAGCUGCCUCUUCCAGGACGUGGAUGAAAGGGCUGCCCCACUGCUGGGCUACCUGCCCCAGGACCUCCUGGGGGCCCCAGUGCUCCUGUUCCUCCAUCCUGAGGACCGACCUCUCAUGCUGGCCAUCCACAAGAAGAUCCUGCAGCUGGCUGGGCAGCCCUUUGACCACUCCCCUAUUCGCUUCUGUGCCCGCAAUGGAGAAUAUGUCACCAUGGACACCAGCUGGGCAGGCUUUGUGCAUCCUUGGAGCCGUAAGGUGGCUUUUGUAUUGGGCCGCCACAAAGUUCGCACUGCCCCCCUGAAUGAAGAUGUGUUCACUCCCCCGGCCCCGAGCCCAGCUCUAUCCCUGGACUCUGAUAUCCAGGAGCUCUCAGAGCAGAUCCAUCGUCUGCUAUUGCAGCCUGUUCACAGCUCCAGCCCCACAGGGCUGUGUGGAGUUGGCCCUAUGACAUCCCCAGGCCCUCUCCACAGCCCUGGCUCCUCCAGUGAUAGCAAUGGAGGGGAUGCCGAGGGGCCUGGACCUCCUGCUCCAGUAACUUUUCAGCAAAUCUGUAAGGAUGUCCAUCUGGUGAAACAUCAGGGACAGCAGCUCUUCAUUGAGUCCCGGGCCCGGCCUCCACCCCGGCCUCGUCUCCCUGCUACAAACAUAUUCAAGGCCAAGGCCCUUCCAAGCCAGUCUCCUGACCCAGAGCUGGAAACAGCCCCUGCUCCCAUCCAGUCCUCACUAGCCUUAGCCCCUGAGGAGGCCGAGAGGAAAGAAGCCUCCAGCUGUUCUUACCAGCAAAUAAAUUGUCUGGACAGCAUCCUCAGGUACCUGGAAAGCUGCAACAUCCCCAGCACGACCAAGCGUAAAUGUGCCUCUUCUUCCUCCUACACCGCCUCCUCAGCCUCUGACGAUGACAAGCAGAGGACAGGUCCAGUCCCUGUGGGGGCCAAGAAAGAUCCUUCGUCGGCAGUGCUGUCUGGGGAGGGGGCCACUCCUCGGAAGGAGCCAGUGGUGGGAGGCACCCUGAGCCCGCUCACCCUGGCCAAUAAGGCGGAGAGCGUGGUGUCCGUCACCAGUCAGUGUAGCUUCAGCUCCACCAUCGUGCAUGUAGGAGACAAGAAGCCCCCGGAGUCGGAUAUUGUUAUGAUGGAAGAACUGCCUAGUCUAGCCCCAGGACCAGCCCCCAGCCCAGCCCCCAGCCCCACUGUCAUCCCCGACCCAGCUCCAGAUGCCUACCGCCCGGUGGGCCUGACGAAGGCUGUACUGUCCCUGCACACACAGAAGGAGGAACAAGCCUUUCUUAGCCGGUUCCGAGACCUCAGCAGGCUUCGUGGACUCGACAGCUCUUCUGCAGCCCCCUCAGCCCCUGGGGAGCGAGGCUGCCACCAUGGCCCCGCACCCCUUGGCCGCCGACACCACUGCCGAUCCAAAGCCAAGCGCUCACGCCACCAUCAGACCCCCCGGGCUGAAGCCCCUUGCUAUGUCUCCCACCCCUCAUCUGUGCCCCCUUCUGGCCCCUGGCCCCCUCCACCAGCCACUACUCCCUUCCCAGCAGUGGUCCAGCCCUACCCUCUGCCAGUGUUCUCUCCUCGAGGAGGCUCUCAAUCUCUCCCAGUCCCCACCCCUGUAUCCCCGACUGCUUUCCCUUCCCCACUCGUGACCCCAGUGGUAGCCUUGGUACUCCCGAACUACCUAUUCCCGACCCCAUCUGGCUAUCCCUGUGGGGUACCCCAGGUCCCUGCUGAGGGGCCCCCUACUCCUGCCUCCCACUCACCCUCCCCAUCGCUGCCCCCACUACCCCCCAGUCCCAUGCACCGCCCAGAUUCCCCACUGUUCAAUUCAAGAUGCAGCUCCCCACUCCAGCUCAACUUGCUGCAGCUUGAGGAGCCCCCCCGUAUGGAGGGGGCUGCUGCUGCAGGGGCCCCUGGGAGCAGUGCUGGGCCCCCGCCUCCCAGUGAGGAGGCCGCUGAGCCAGAGGCCAGACUGGUGGAGGUAACUGAGUCCUCCAAUCAGGAUGCGCUCUCUGGCUCCAGUGAUCUGCUGGAGCUGCUGCUGCAAGAGGACUCCAGAUCUGGCACAGGCUCCGCAGCCUCAGGCUCUCUGGGCUCCGGCUUGGGCUCCGGGUCUGGUUCUGGCUCCCAUGAAGGGGGCAGUACCUCAGCCAGCAUCACUCGCAGCAGUCAAAGCAGCCAUACAAGCAAGUACUUCGGCAGCAUUGACUCUUCGGAGGCUGAGGCUGGCGCUGCUCAGGCCAGGGCUGAGCCUGGAGACCAAGUCAUUAAGUAUGUGCUCCAGGAUCCCAUCUGGCUGCUCAUGGCCAAUGCUGACCAGCAUGUCAUGAUGACCUACCAGGUGCCCUCCAGGGACAUGGCCUCUGUGCUGAAGCAGGACCGGGAGCGGCUUCGGGCCAUGCAGAAACAACAGCCUCGGUUCUCAGAGGACCAGCGGCGCGAACUGGGUGCCGUGCAUUCCUGGGUUCGGAAAGGCCAGCUGCCUCGAGCUCUUGAUGUGAUGGCCUGUGUGGACUGUGGUAGCAGCACCCAAGACCCUGGGCACUCUGGCGAACCACUCUUCUCUGAGCUUGAUGGACUGGGGCUGGAGCCCAUGGAGGAGGGUGGAGGCGAGGGGGGUAAUGGGGGUGGGGGUGGGGGUGGUGAGGGUGAGGGCAUCGAGGAGACUCAGGCCCAAGUUGAGGCCAAGGUCUCAAGUUCUCAGGACUCUGCCAUGGAGGAAGAAGAACAAGGUGGGAACUCAUUCAGUCCAGCCUUACCUGCUACAGAAAAUGGUACCAGCUAGACUCCAUUUGGGGCCACUUGCAGCAGUCCAUGAGAGGCUUCCUUCUCCCUUGUUGCAAUUCCUAGAACUCAGAUGUGGCUGGACCAACCAAUAGAAAACCUUCCCGGCUUCUCCCACUGUAGGGGGCAGGACCCCCAUCACCAGCCCAGGAUCCAGGGGCUACCUCCAGCUCCUUAGGGAACAGAAGGUGGAAGUUUUUAGUCCAGCCUAGAGGUCCACCCUGGAAGGUGACAUCAUUCGCUGGAUGAGAUUGCUAACAAGCUGCUGAAGUGGUCUCUCCAAAUCCCAGCUGAGCCUGAGUCCCAGUCUGAAAUUUGGGGCCGCACUUAUUUAUUGGGGAAGACAGCCCUCUCUCCUGCCUCUUCAGAUGGGAGUGGGGGAGCCUGGGGCCCAAGCAGGACCCAGGGGUUUGAACCCCUCGCUGCUCCAGGGUGGAGGAAGUUGGUGGACCAUGGAGUCCCUGGUGCUGCCCCUCAGGUGGGACCCAGGUGUUCUCAGCUCUACCCUCUACCAAUGGCAUUUGUGUUUUUGAUAUUGUGUCUUAUUUUUUAAUACAAAAC